GAGAACUUGGAAGCCAUCGAGAUCAUCACCACCAUCGCCAACACCACCACCAUCACCAUCUUGAUCACCAAGAGCCUCUCUCUCUCUCUCUCUCUCUGGGUUUUUCUGCAAGUUGACAAAGCAGCGGGCAUACCAAUGUCCGAGAACAGGCGCUGAGUUGUUGGGGGGUGUGUGGGGUCCAGUCAAGACAUUGGAAGGGAGAGAGAGAAUCUUCCAUCUCACCCAACAGCCAGCCAUAGGAAUCAUAACAACGGACAGAUGAUUACAAUGGCAAAAGUAGAACAGGUCUUUUCUUUUCUGAUGGAGGGGAUAUCACAGCAGAGAAAGGGGACGAGGACAACACCCUCCUAUGCUUUUUGCUGCUACUAGACAGUGUCUGACCACGACAACAACACCAGAUCUCGUCUAAUCUCCCCUUUUACCAUUCCCAGCUUCUCAUCCUCACCCACAGCUUCCCGGGGCACUUUGGGAAAACCCAAAAAAGAAGUGCAAGGGAAGAAGAAUAAGGUACCAUUUCUGAGUACAGAAUCUUCCGGAAUCUUUUCCCAGCUCAGCUUCUCUGCUCUGUGUCUGUGUCUCUGUUUUGUGGGGCUCUUUGGGUCUUCAGGGUGGUUUGAUGUAUUCCAUGUCUGCCAAGGGGGAAUGUUGAAUUAGAUGAAAAGGGGCAGUUGACUGAUCUUAUCAUCUUGUGGGGAAUCUGCAUAAAGUGUGUUUCCACAUCUUGUUCUCUUCUUUUUCUUCCCCUUUUGGUGAUUUUGGGUGUCGAUUGUUGUCCCACUUUUCUGGUGUCAAAGGGCUCUUCUUUGUGCUGCCUGAUUUGAUUGAUCUUCAAGAGUUGACUCGACAAAAGAUUUGGAUAAUGCAGUAGAAAGCUGCAGUAUCUUCUUGUUCACUAGAAUUUUGCAUUUUCCUAGAUUCUGAAGUUCGAGCUAUCUUCGCCGUCGUCGGGGCAGGCAGAAUAUUAGGACGGCAGAAGUUCUGUUCUGUCGGCUCUGAGGUUAAUUUGUCUCGAAGUCAGAAUCCGUCGAUAUUUCCAAUGGAAUAGUGCAUUGUUCUUGACAAGGGGAGACAUGGAAGAUAUUGUUUUUUCGCCAAGCACUGUACUUGGAACUGCUUCGGGCUCAAUCAUGGACAUAGAUUUAAUGGAUGAACUGUUGCUUGACGGUUGCUGGUUGGAAACAAUGUGUGGAUCUGAAUUCCUUCAGCCGAGUCACGUCUGCGACCCUUUGUUCAUGUGGGCUACUCCCGAGGUUAGCACAGUCGAAGCUAAAGGGCAGGAGCUGGGGCAGGGCCCAUUAGUUCCCGAAGACGUUCAGGUCGUUGGCCAAAACGCGAUUGGCGCCCCUGCACUGGUUCCUAGUCACUUGGGGAAUCUGACAAGUGAUGGUUCUGACCUCAGGAGGACAUGGUGGAUUGGACCAAGAGUGAAUUCAGGCGGUCCUGCGACUUCCGUCAUGGACAGGCUAAUUAAGGCGCUCGGUUACAUCCAAGAUUUCACGAAAGAUAAAGAUGUGCUGAUACAACUGUGGGUCCCUGUAAACAGAGGCGGGAAACAGGUUUUAACGACCAGUGAACAGCCCUUCUCGCUCAAUUCUAGCAGCGGGAGGCUCUUGAGUUACAGGGAUGUAUCAGUGCACUACGAGUUCUCAGCUGAGAAGGACUCCAAGGAAAUGGUGGGUAUGCCCGGCCGGGUGUUCCUGGGGAAGGUUCCCGAGUGGACCCCCGAUGUUCGGUUCUUCAGGAGCGAUGAGUAUGCUCGAGUGGAUCAUGCUCAGCAGUUCGAUGUUCGUGGGACCCUCGCCCUCCCUGUUUUUGAACAAAGUAGUAGGACCUGUUUGGGUGUUAUCGAGAUCGUGAUGACCACUCAGAAGAUCAAAUACCGCCCAGAGAUUGAAAGCGUUUGCAAAGCACUAGAGGCAGUUGAUCUCAGAAGUUCUGGAAUUUUCAGCAACCGGAACAUAGAGUAUGCCCCGAAGUCGUAUGAAGCUGCAUUGCCAGAGAUUCUUGAGGUCCUAAGAUCUGCCUGCAAGACUCAUGGGCUGCCCUUAUCUCAGACGUGGAUACCGUGCACCCAACAGGGUAAAGCGGGCUGCAGGCACUCUGAUGAAAACUUCGCUCUUUGCGUCUCCCCAGUGGACACUGCCUGCCAUGUGGCAGAUUCUCGUGUCCAGGGAUUCCACGAGGCGUGCUCCGAGCAUCAUCUCUUAAUGGGUCAGGGAGUCGCUGGGAAAGCUUUUUUAACAAACCAGCCUUGCUUUUCACCUGAUGUGACCUCAUUCGGGAAGACAGAUUACCCACUUUCUCACCAUGCGAGGAUGUUUGGUCUGUGUGGCGCCGUUGCAAUAAGGUUUAGGAGCAUCCAGACAGGGACAGCAGACUAUGUUCUGGAGUUCUUCCUCCCCAGGGACUGCAAGGAACUUGAGGAUCAGAGGACGAUGCUCACUUCGUUAUCAGUCAUUAUUCAGCAGAUCUGUAGGAACUUACGGGUUGUUACGGAUGAGGAGCUGAGGGACGAAGUGACUCCAUCGUCUUUCUAUCGCCCCAUGGCAGACCAUUUGGAGAGUGAGCCCACUCAUCGUGAAGAGACACCAGGGGGUGAAAAUGUUAGUUCGGAGAAGAAUUCGUCUAGAGAGAACUCACAAAGGAGUGGCUUUGUCUCGGGAGUUGAUGGUGACAGGUUGCCUUUAGCAGCGAAUAAGGAUAAAAUGGGGGAAAUCUUGUCUGAGGAAUGGAUGGAGUUUGGGCAACAGAACCGAAACUCAACCUUGAAUGCGAGUUCUGAGCAUUGUGAAGAUCGCUCGUCUCUUGGUGACGGUGGGUUCUCAGGUUUGGGAUUGGAGAAACCAGGAGAAAAAAGGCGUUCCAAGGCGGAGAAAACUAUCACCUUGCAAGUUUUGCGGCAAUAUUUUGCUGGUAGCCUCAAAGAUGCGGCUAAGAGUCUUGGUGUUUGCCCGACAACCUUAAAACGGAUAUGCCGGCAACAUGGGAUCAACCGUUGGCCUUCUCGGAAAAUUAAGAAGGUGGGUCACUCCCUGCAGAAGCUUCAGGUGGUGAUCGACUCAGUCCAAGGUACUUCAGGCUCUCUCCAGGUCGGCUCCUUCUACACAAACUUCCCAGAGCUUGCGUCUCCGAAUCUCUCCACCACAGGUCCCUUCCCCAGUCCAAAGACCUUUAUUCCUCAGAAACCACAAAGCACAGAGCCCGAGAGUGCUAAUAUCGGGUCCCAAUCUGCUGCAUCAAAGUCUUCCUCAUCCUCGGGCAGUCAGAGCUCUAGCUCGAGCCAGUGCUGUUCCAGCGGUAGACAGCAGCAUUCUUCCUCGUUUGAUGUUGUGGGCUCAGAAGAUCCAAUGGUGUCGGAGAAUGAUGUCAGUGGUCAGCUCAAGAGGUUCCGAGGCGAGGUGGAGUUGAAUGGUUCAAGUCACGAAGGAUUAGGAACAAAACUCACUCCAAGAUCCCAGAGCUAUGAGAUCCUCAAGGAGACCCGCAAUCCCGAGACUCCGCCAGAUGUCCAAUUUCAUUGCAGUGAUGCAUCCCGCAAAUUGGAACCUCUGAGAGUGAAGGUAACUUACGGAGAGGAGAAGAUUAGGUUCCGGCUGCAAAAGGGUUGGGGCCUCAUGGACCUGUGGAAGGAGAUCCAGAGACGAUUCAGUGUGGAAGAUCCGGCCAGGUUCGACCUCAGGUACUUGGAUGAUGACUACGAGUGGGUGAUGCUGACCUGCGAUGCCGAUUUGGAGGAGUGCAUCAAUGUCUCCAGAUCGUUUCAGGGUAACACCAUCAGACUGUCCCUUCAGGUGUCUCACCAUUAUCACGGAAGCUCUGUUGGUAGCAGCGGUGGGCCUCUGUAGUUAGAAAUCCUUGCCGAGAACAUACAGUUGAAAGAGGUAAAAUGAGACCCAACUGCAUAUAAUCAUGUGGUCGAGAAAUAGUGAUUGCUGGAAAGAAAGACCAACCUUCGGAAUUCGAAGUUCGUGGCUAUAUGGCAGGAAAUGCAGCAGAGGAAUGAAAGUUCCUCCUAAAUUGAAAUCUGCUGUCCGAGUUUGAUUGUAAAAUCCAAUAUCUGUUGUUCCCCUCCGAGGAACAGACUGUCCAAGUUCAGGAACUGCAGGCAUCCAAGCUCGGUACCGUGUGUACUACCUUUCCGUGUAGGUGCAUUGUUAGAAUUAGCUGCUCUGUGUCCCAGUUCCUGUACAUGUCCCAGUUCCUCUCAUUAUCGUUCAAUCAUAUAGCAUUAUCAUUGUUGUCGCCCUCAUCGGGUUCAUCCUCAUUUAUUGGGCACUAUGUUGAAGGUGGUUUUUGGCUCAGUUACUGGUUUUGAUUC